CGGCAGCCUUGCUGGAGCCUAGAAGAGAGGGGAGCUGAAGGCAGCCAUGUGAUACUCCUCUCGGAUCCCUGGACCCACACAGGACCACAGGCCUCAGCCUUGGAGCAUGGCAAGUCCUGAGCACCCCGGGAGCCCUGAACGAACAGGACCCAUAGCCAAGUGCACUGUGGGGGUCAAGCAGGAAGCAUCAGCCGCUGGCCAAGACCUCCCGUGUCCAGGACCUGAAGGGCACUUAGACGCCCACAGCAGCCCCAGCCCCAACUCCAGCAUGACCACCCGGGAGCUGCAGGAGUAUUGGCGAAAGGAGAAGCGCUGCUGGAGGCGCGUCAAGCUGCUCUUCGAGGUCGCGUCCGCCCGCAUUGAGGAGAGAAAAGUCUCCAAGUUUGUGAUGUACCAAAUCGUCGUCAUCCAGACAGGGAGUUUUGACAGCAACAAAGCUGUGCUGGAACGGCGCUAUUCAGACUUUGAGAUGCUCCAGAAAAACCUCCUCAAGACGUUCCGGGAAGAGAUGGAAGACAUCGUCUUCCCCAAAAAGCACCUGAUGGGCAACUUCACGGCGGAGAUGAUCUCCGAGCGCAAGCUGGCCUUCAAGGAGUACCUGAGCCUGCUCUACGCCAUCCGCUGUGUCCGGCGCUCCCGCGAGUUCAUCGACUUCCUGACGCGGCCCGAGCUCCGGGAGGCCUUCGGCUGCCUGCGCGGGGGCCAGUACGGCCGCGCCCUGGACAUCCUGGUGCGCGUCGUGCCCCUGCAGGAGAAGCUGACGGCCCACUGCCCCGUGAUGGUGGUCCCGGCCCUCUGUGCCAUGCUGGUGUGCCACCGCGACCUUGAGCGGCCAGCCGAGGCCUUGGCGGCGGGGGAGAGGGCGCUGCAGUGCCUGCAGGCCCGGGAGGGCCACCGCUACUACGCCCCCCUGCUGGAGGCCAUGAUCCGCCUGGCCUAUGAGCUGGGCAAGGACUUCGUGUCGCUGCAGAAGAAGCUGCAGGAGUGCCAGCUCCGCAAGCCCAGCCCCUGGGGCUUCACCCUGAAGGAACUCACCGUGCGGGAAUAUCUGUACUGAGCCCCUUGGGAAGGCAGGCUGGAGAUUGGGGCUCACCACGGCUCAGCGGGCUGUUUGGGGGUUCAUGUUUGGUGGGAGGAGCCGCUUGGGGCUCUAACUUGCUGAGUGACCUUGGCCCAGCCCCUCCCCUGGUCCUCCAUGUCCCCAUCUGUGUUGAACAGAAGUGCCCCUCCCAGGGGGGUGUGGGGGGCUUGGAAGCCUCUGCUUGUGUCCUGUGUCCCUUUGAUACCAAGCUCACUUCACCGCAAAACCACAAACCCAGCUGGCAAAACGCUGGAGAGUAAGCUCCAGAUUUCUGAUGCUUUUGUGGGUAGCUGGAGGGAAGGUUUACACUGCAUGCCAUGGACAAAGUUUAACCCCCUUCCUACAGAUGGCUCUCUCCAGCUGUCCUGUCUUUCCUCUCUGUUCCUCCUUCCUUGACAUUGCCUGCAAAGAUCCCCAUCAUUAUCCUAACUAUUCCAGCUCUUCCUCUUAGCCUGUGGACCUGGCUCAGCAAAGCAGAAGCUCACCCACUGCUCCUCAAAGCCAGCUUCAUCCCUGGGAUGGGAGGUAUGUCACCCUUGAAAGGGUAGAAAGAUGCUGGGCCAGAACAGCAUCCUGUCAUAAGAGUCUGUGAAACAAGGCAUUUUGAGGAAAGGAAGUUGCCAACAAUUCUCUGGCUAGGAUGCCAUAACUCAUUGUCCAGGUGUGUUUUCAAUUAUAAGGCAACUGGCCCUUGAAGGGGCUCCUUGAGUUAUGUAGACAGAGCCCCGAAGAGAGGUGGGAGACGAUACCCAGUGGAGCCUCUGGACAGAACAGAGACUGAAUGUUUAAUGCCUCCCCAUUUGAGGGGCAAUGUUCUUGGAACCUCUCUGAUGGGUUGGGUUGCCCUUGACUGAAGUCCACUGUCAGGAAAGGACACCAGGAGCCUGGACCUAUAACCUAGGUUCAACACUGGAGCUAAUGGUACAGACUGGUUUGGGGCAAUAUGUGUUUGAGUCUGGAAGUCCCUAAAGACCUAAACCAUCUGGCUGAGCUUAUGAGUGAAAUAAAGAGCCUGUAACUUGACAUCUUAGCAAUGGGGCACCAGUUUGGCCUGUACAGGGAUCCAGCUCAGCAAGGAGAUUGCUGUAGCAGUGACUGGGCAGUCACCAAACUGCACCAGAAUGUGUUCAAUAGCGACACUGUGUGGCAGCAGCUGUAGUGGCCCCAUCAGGCUCGGCCCUGGAGGCGAGAAACAGCCUGACACUUGUGACAAAGAAAGCCUGGGGUCUCCCAAUUUGCUCAGGGAGGAGGACACUUUGAAUGGGAAAUGCUGGACCUCUGGGCAUAGAGAAAAUUAAAGUGUUCGGUGGAAAUAUAAAAGGCCGUGACUCUAUUUCUGAUGGUGAAGGAGACCUUGCUGAUUUUGUAAAUCAUUUCAUCAAAUGGAAAAACACCAUCAGCUAUCAGGUGCCCCAAAUAUGCCCUCAGAAGGGGAAAAAAUGCCCAUCACAGGAAGUUUCCUAGGGAUUUCCAGCCAGAAGCUGGGAGAGAAAAGAGGCAGCUCCCAAUGUAAGGGUCAAUGUGGAAGAAACCAGAAACAGAGAAAGGGACAAUCAGGAAAUGGAGGAAAUCAGAUUUGGUGCAAGGCAGGGGGUGGGACUUUCCUCCUAGGAUUUGAACUAUAAGGCUUGGCAUCUGAACACACACAGUGUGGCCCAAAGUACUUCAAGCAGAGAGGUCAUGGUAUAGUGGUCUCCAGUACAGGUGUUCCUUGUACCUGGCACCUCAAAAACAGGUUCUCUCUGAGGGAAGUCAACAUGGAUUCAGGCCAACUGAGGAAGAAAGUCAUUGACUCCAGAGGUGCAACAGGGUGGGAUGGGGGGAGCAUGUGUCUCAAGAUCACAUAUACCUGGUGUGUGUGUAGUACAUAGAAGUUUUUUAAAAGCCUAAAAUAUGGGGGCACCUGGGUGGCUCGGUCAGUGAAGCAUCGGUGUUUGGCUCAGGGAGUGAUCCUGGGGUCCUGGGAUUGAGCCCUACAUCGGGCUCCCUGCUCAGUGGGGAGUCUGCUUCUCCCUCU